AUGCUACAUUUGAGAGCUAAAACAACGAUUGGUACCUAUCUGCAAUACGGACUGCUGGUAGCUGUGAUCAUCAACUUCAUUUUGUUUGCUGUGUUUACUAUCACACAUCAGUAUUUAAAAUCUCGUGCUAUUGUAAUAAUAAAUCCAUUUCUAGGAACCAACAUUUCCCUCAUUCAUAUCCAAAAUUUCGGUUUGGACCAAAUCAGGAAAAACUAUCCAUUGCAGGGUUUGGGUGAUGAAGGAAAUGCACGAGGAGAUAAUGUGCUUGAUUCUCGGAGCACUGCAUUAAUGGACAUAACUGCCUACCAACGCAAUACGCCAUUGGUUCCAACCAGGAACCUAACGUGCAAUGGUUGCUUUAAAUACACGUACGACUAUGUUAUCGAAAAUCCUGGUAUAUGCACCAAUUCCACUCACCUUCUUUUUCUUAUAGCAUCGGCACCCGAAGGAUUCGAUCAACGUAACGCUUUGCGGAGAACGUGGUUAAAUGUUACUGAAACUCAACAGGGUUUGGUGAAGUAUGUCUUUUUGUUGGGUUUAUCUACAAGGGGUUCUAUCAACGAUAUGAUCUAUGAGGAAAAUGAAAGAAAUCAUGACAUAAUUCAAGGAACGUUCCGUGACAGCUACUGGAAUCUUACGUUGAAGACACGUAUGGGUAUCAAAUGGACAACAGAAACCUGUCCAACGACUAAAUUCGUCAUGAAAACUGAUGACGAUAUGUGGGUCCAUGUGCCAAAUACUUUGUCCAUUUUGCUGCCAAAGUAUGGGCGGAUCUUCGAAACACAUAUCGGAGGUUAUUGUAUGAAGAAGGAAAAGCCUCACAGAGACCCAAAGUCUAAGUAUUACAUAUCAGAACGUUUAUACAACAGAGAAGUUUUCCCGCCAUUUUGCAGUGGAACUGGGUACGUGACGUCAUUCAAGGUGGUCAAAAAGAUCCACGAAAUCGCGGAAAAUGUUCCGUUCUUUCCACUUGAGGAUGUAUAUAUUGGCCUUUGUUUAGAACAGUUAAAACUACACACGACGAGGAUAAAAUGGUUUUACCACUACAACCCUCCAUCAAAGCACUCUUGCUGGUACAAGACACCGUAUAUAUUCACAGUACAUGGCCUGGCACCAGAGAGGCUAUAUAAGAUUUGGGAUGAAACAUGUUUACUUUAG